GCGGCUGGGGCUAGUGGGGCGGCUCUGAGGGAAGAUGAAGGCGGCGGCCAUGUUGGGAGGUUCAGGGCGCUUUUGGUGCGGGGUGUGCUGAGGGAGUCUGCGCAGGGAGAGCCGUCGCUGGGGGAUCGGCGCGAGGUCGGGCUCGAAGCGGGAGGCGUAGAGCGCCUACUACGACUCUGAGCCGGGCUUGUUUAGUUGCUUGUGCUCAGCUUCAGGAGCGCUCGGCAGGGGAGAGGGGGUGUCCCUGACCGAGGAGCCAGCACCAUGAGUGGGGGGACGCCCUACAUCGGGAGCAAGAUCAGCCUUAUCUCCAAGGCCGAGAUCCGCUAUGAAGGGAUCUUGUACACCAUCGACACCGAGAACUCUACCGUGGCGCUAGCCAAAGUUCGCUCCUUUGGUACAGAAGACAGACCAACCGAUAGGCCCAUACCACCUCGUGAUGAAGUCUUUGAGUACAUUAUAUUCCGUGGCAGUGACAUUAAAGACCUAACUGUCUGUGAGCCACCAAAGCCUCAGUGUUCUUUGCCACAGGACCCAGCUAUUGUUCAGUCUUCACUAGGAUCUUCUACUACAUCUUCAUUCCAGUCUGUGGGUUCCUAUGGUCCUUUUGGCAGAAUGCCUCCAUACAGUCAGUUCAGUCCGAGCCCGCUGGUGGGACAGCAGUUUGGCGCUGUUGGAGUUGCAGGAGGUUCUUUAACAUCUUUUGGAACAGACUCUUCAGCCAGCACCAGCAUGUCCCAAAGUACUGCAGUUGGUUCUGCAUUUACAACAGAUGGGAGAUCACUGAAAACACAGAUGUCUCAAGGUCGUUCAAGCCCUCAAAUUGAUCAUUUGAGAAGGAGCCCCACCAUGGAACAAGCAGUACAGACAGCUUCAGCCCACUUGCCUGCUCCAGCACCAGUUGGGAGGAGAAGUCCUGUCCCAGCCAGACCUUUGGUGUCUGCUAGCCAAAAAUCAUUAGAGAAUCAAGAGCACAGGCGAGCUGAAGCACACAAGGUUUCAAGAUCAGAAAAUGAACUCAGAAAUGAAAGCAAACGACAAAUUGUUCCAGGUGCCCCUGCAGCACGGAGAGGCCGUGGAGGUCACAGAGGAGGCAGAGGAAGAUUCGGUAUUAGGAGGGAUGGUCCAAUGAAGUUUGAGAAGGAUUUUGACUUUGAAAGUGCAAAUGCACAGUUCAACAAGGAGGAAAUCGAUAGGGAAUUUCAUAAUAAACUUAAACUGAAAGAAGAUAAACUUGAGAAGCCUGAGAAGCCUGUGAAUGGAGAAGACAAAGGUGACUCAGGUGUCGAUACCCAAAACAGUGAAGGGAAUGCAGAUGAGGAGGAUCCACUUGGACCCAACUGCUACUAUGACAAAACCAAAUCCUUCUUUGAUAACAUCUCCUGUGAUGACAAUAGGGAACGGCGACCCACCUGGGCUGAGGAGAGGAGGCUAAAUGCCGAGACCUUUGGAAUACCGCUGCGUCCCAGCCGCGGCCGUGGAGGCUACAGAGGCAGGGGAGGGAUUGGCUUCCGAGGCGGAAGAGGCCGAGGAGGUGGGAGAGGUGGCUUCACUGCCCCCCGAGGAGCGUUUCGUGGUGGAUUCAGAGGAGGCCGCGGAGGCAGGGAGUUUGCUGACUUUGAAUAUAGGAAAGACAACAAGGUGGCUGCGUAGUCUAGAAGAGAGCUGAACCUGGGGGAGCGCCUCGACCUUCUUGAUCCAGAGAAUGAGUUUUAAUCUCUGCAAAGAAUGAAGUUAAUUUGCUGUACACUUGUCACCAGCACUGGGAUUUAACUAUUUAAUUUCAAAGGGGUGUAAUGCAGUUACUUUGAGAAAUGGCCAUCUUCGCGAGCGGUGAGCAUUAAAUAUGUUUGAGAGAGGAGGAGGAGGAAUUUCUUAUGUAUAGUUAAUUCUAAAGCAGUACUUCGAUGGAGUUUAAGUAUUUUUUCAUCACUGAAAGGAUUUUUUUUUUUCUUAUUACUAAACUGUAUUUGAUAAUUGCUUCGAGUUGUAAGGGCAAUUGUAUGCAGAAGGCCGUCGAUACUGUGAGUGUUUUGAUCCACUGAAGGUUGUUUUUUGGAAAUCCUGUAAUAUCCCUUUUGAGAUAGCUGUACUUUUAUCAACUAGGGUGCUGGAGCGUAGAGAACUUUGCUUUGUCAGUCGAAUAUGUACACACAGUAAAUAAAUACUGUUUCUUAGGCAAAGGAACCUUUUUAUAUAGCUGUAAAAUUCCAUGAUACCCCAUUGCCAAAGAAACACCACAGACUUUGUAUAGCUGUAUAAAAAGCAACUAAUUUUUUAAAGAAUAAACAUUUUUAAGUCGGCGAACAUACUGUGUUAUUGCAAGGAGUUGAUAUGCUGAAGAACACAAGAGUUUUAGUUGGGGGUUUGGGUUUGGGCUGUUUCUGUUCUUUAGCGGCUUUUCAGGCUUCAAUGUUUUGAUUUUUUU